CUUUAAGCCUGCAGAGUGCACCGAGUUCGUGUGUCCGUAAAGGCGCACGAUAUGACCGAACACUGCUGACAGUCCAUUUGCCGCGUAGACUACAGUAGGACAGUGUACCUACAGUAACCUGGCAGGUCCUACUAAAAUGUCUGCGUCUUUAAAAAGAACUAUUUGCCGAGUGGUGCAUGAUGUCAGGCUGCCUGCACUGUUCAUGUGAGCGGCGUUCACUUCCUGCAAAGGGAUAGAAGCGGGCAGAGAGAGAAAGAGAGAGUGGGAUAGAGAGAUGGGGGACGAGCAGCCAAGAUAGGACUGGAGCGAUAGAGUGAGCCAGCGGACGAGGUGAAACCGGGGCCUGCUUUUUUUUUUUUAACACCCCGCAAACUUUAUAGGUUGUCCGAAGAGAAAGCCUGCCACAUCUGCGCCAGCUGACAGCCGCAGUUUAUGGAAUAGCGACAUAUAUCGGCUCGCUUCUCACUCUGUCUCAGAGAUUUCUGAUCGUGUUGUGAGGGGAAAAGAUGAAAUGAGAUUUUGAAAUCACCAAUGUUUACUGUCUUCAUGUCUCUUCGACCACAAUGCAGUGCAGAGAUGCCUCUGUCAGUGGCAGAGUCUGCAGUAAAUAUCUGAAACCCCAUCUUCCUAUUCCUCUGCGGCCAACAUGUCCCAGCUGCUCCAUGUGGAGAUCCCGAACUUUGGAGCUACAGUUCUGGGCUCCCUUAAUGAGCAGCGCCUGCUGGGACACUACUGCGAUGUAUCCAUCCUGGUCAAAGGUCAGGCUUUCAAAGCCCACCGGGCCGUUUUGGCUGCCAGCAGCCUCUACUUUCGUGACCUCUUCAGCAGCUCCACCAAGAGCCAGUUUGAGUUGCCCUCCUCAGUCACACCUGCUUGCUUUGAGCAGAUCCUCACUUUCUGCUAUACAGGGAAGCUAACAAUGGCAGCUAGUGAACAGCUGGUGGUCAUGUACACAGCUGGCUACCUCCAAAUUCAGCAUAUAGUUGAAAGAGGCAUGGACCUAAUGUUCAAGGCAAACUCACCUCACUGUGACUCGCAAACAGCAGGGUCUUUAGAGGAAACAGGAUCCGAGCCGCAGAGUCCUUGUAAUAAUGGUAACGGCCUAGCGGUGGCUGCCCUUUUGGGAACCCCGGGCUGGUCUCCAUCCCUACUCAUGCCGCAACGUAAGAUUAAACUAGAAGGGGGUGACCCGACACCCUUGACAAUACCUUUAAUGCAAAGCAAGAUUUCGUCUUCGGAGUUGGGCAGUCGGCUGGCGAGGGCCGGUUCAGUGUUUUACACGACAGCCGGUGGGACCCCCAUCCCCGGUAUGCCUCCGUAUCACCUUCAAGGGGCCGGUGGGGGUGGAGCAGGAGGAGGAUCAGGAGUUGAAAGGUCCAGUCCUGGAGCGUCCAGCCUGCCAACCACUGACAGUCCUACAUCCUACCAGAAUGAGGAUGAGGAGUUUGAGGAAGAGUCCUAUGAUGGGAUCACAGAGGAUGCCUACAGUCAUCUCUAUGGACGUUCUGCUAACCCCUACGGGAUCCAGGACAAGCCAGAGAUGGCAGCGAUGCCCUUGGCCUUGGAGAGCCGCAACUGUGUGCUGAUCCGCAGGGACCUGGUGGCGCUGCCUGCAAGCCUCAUCAGCCAGAUAGGCUACCGCUGCCACCCUAAGCUCUACACUGAGGGGGACCCUGGGGAGAAGCUGGAAUUGGUAGCUGGUACACAGGUGUUCAUGACCCGAGGACAGCUGAUGAAUUGUCAUCUAUGUGCUGGUAUCAAACACAAAGUCUUGCUUCGCCGUCUGCUAGCCACGUUCUUUGAUAGAAACACUUUAGCCAAUAGCUGCGGGACAGGUAUCCGUUCUUCUACUAGUGACCCCAGUAGGAAACCCCUGGACAGCAGGGUCCUCAAUGCUGUCAAACUCUACUGUCAAAAUUUCAACCCUAACUUCAAGGAGAGUGAAAUGAAUGUGAUUGCUGCUGACAUGUGCACAAAUGCGAGGCGUGUCCGCAAGCGAUGGUUGCCCAAGAUCAAAUCCAUGCUGCCUGAUGGCAUGGAGGUGUACCGUGCAGGAAUGGGCAUGGGUGCUGCUGUGGGUCUGGGCCUGGCACUGGGUGCCUCUCAACCAGGAGUGCCCCUCCCCUUCGAGCCUGACUUCAAGGCCCUAGAGCAAAGGUUGUAUCCAGAUCGUAAGAACCCUCUCAGGACUCACCCACCGCUGACAGAGGGUAGCCCUGGGCCUGGGGCAGCUGGGGCAGGGGCUGAAGGUGAAGGAGUAGUCCAGGAGGAACAGGAGGAAGAGGAGGAUGAAUCUGGGUUAGAGGGUGUAGACGCAUCACUGAGGGUGCCAACUUUGAUCCCAGGAGCCGAGGCAGGCAAUAGUGGCGACACGCCGCCUGAGCAGGAAGCGGAAGGUUUUGGACAAGGUCUGAGGGUGAACGGACAGUGAAUGUCCCUUUGGGCUGCCUCUCACAUUGUGAAAUCUGUAUAACGGCGCAUUUUCUUUUGCUUGCUCGCUAACUCUAACAUCUCGUCUACCACUCUUUCUUCUCCUCUGUGCUUCCUCAACAGGAAUUUUUCAGCACAAAAAGCUGCGCUCGUAGAUCUUACUAUACAGGAAUUUGUAACACAUGCAUGUGCACAUGUGUGCUUGUGUACACGCAUACUUACUGAUAGUGGAAGUAGAUCACUCAUAGUAGCAGUAGACACAGGCAUGGCAUUAGCACAUUAAGAAAAUCAACCCUUUCUGCUCCACCCUUUUCUUAGUAUAUUCAGUAUUUACUCAGGACGAAAUCACAAAGAAUGGAUUGCGGCCGCUGAUAGCACCAUCAUUUGCGCAUCACUUUCAACCGCGAUCUGCCCUGUCUCAAAGUCAGAUUCACAAAAGAUAUUGCGCAAAUGAUAUUACAGCGCAAACAUAAUAAAGUUUUGCAGCUGAGUGAAAUUGGCCUUUUUUGCCUCCAAUUGCAUUUAUUCAUGUGGCAAAGUAUGAAUGUUGCCUUUGCGCCAAGAACACACAGGAACACUUAACUUAGAUAUGUGCAAAUAGCACAGGAGCACUGAGAUGCUAUAUGCUCGGCAGCGCAGUUUGGGGUGCAUUUCACCCUUUAACGCGUGCUUUUGCGAAUUACAUAGCUUCUCUCUGUCGUAUUAAUGCAGGUUUAGUGGCAGCAAAAGCCACGCAAUCCCUUUUUUGAAUUUGCCCAUUAGUAUUUUGGCACCUGCAGCAAUACUACAAAGAACAAAUGGCUGCAAUGAUUUAUCAUUUCAUUGUAAAACAAAAGAAACCGCUGCUUUGCUGGUAGUUUAUUGAGUGUGGUAUAAUGGUUUGUACAAUGAUUCAGUUUUCUGGAAAAAUCUGAAAAUACCCUGUGUACCCUUGGGGAAAACAGUUCAAAGAAACAAAGCUCUCAUAAAUAGUCAGCUUAUUUUGCUGUAUGAUAAAUAUGUAUAAAUAUAUAUAACAAAGAAUGUAUUAUAACUAAAGGUCAAGUAGUGCAUUACUGCCAUGAUACAGAACAAUUUUCCUUUCUGUUUAAACAUCACAUAAUUUUUAGGAUAAAGACGAGGAAAACUUUUUAUGCAAAAUCUAAAGACUUCUCGACAAUCCUACAAAUAAUCUAUCACAUGGAGUUGUGUUUUCAUGCAUAUUUGCCUGUGACAAAUUGGAUUAAGUUGUCGAUGUGAUGCCUGUGUCUGCUCCAGACCGCCCCUCCCAACCACACACGCAUACAGAUCCACACACACACACACACGUACGCACAUUUCUCACCUUAUGAUACUUGGCCUUUAAUAGCUGCACCGAUGCAUUAAAAAUACAUUGUCCAAAAGAAAUGUAACAAUGCUUUUUAUCUUUGAAAAAAUCCUUUUGAAUUACAUCAUUCUGUCUUGGAGAUGCAGAGAGACAUGAACAAAAACAUGCACUAAAAUCCCAGCUUGCAUGCAUGAAUACAAACAAUGGAUACAGAGAAUCAUUGAAAACAACAACAAGCCACAAAUCUGCAUCUAAAUAAGAAAACAGCUACUGUUGCCUCGAGAUAUGCCAUUAAAGGACUUUUUUCGACUUCUCACUGGGAUCUGACAUCAGUGUGACACGUUAGAACUGAUCGACUGUGUUUGACACAGUACCGAUCGGAUUUUCUUUUUUAACUAUGGAUCGUGUUGUCACCAUGAGUAGAGGAGACUGAAUAUAUGGAGUGGUAAGAGGAAGUGCACUACACUGAGUGGUAGAAGAAAGAAGCACUGUUUCACCUUGAUGUGGUGGUGUGAUUGGCACCAAGACUACAUAGUCCUGCUUCCAUCCGGUUUAUUUUUCCUGGGGGGUUUGGGCGGGUAAAUUAUUGAAUAAAACUCGUAAGAGCAAUUUCUGCUAGCUUAUUGCAUUUGCACUCAAAAAAUUUUAACAGGUGGGAAAACUAAGGAGUUUGGCAAAAUGUGACUGUACUAAAGACUGAAAAUGUCCUCCCCAUCCCCCUGAUUGUUUAUUUGAUGGGGAGAUUGUAGGUUUGGAAAGAGAAAAUUGGUCUUUGUGAAGAUAACUGUUUCUAAAUUUUGGAAGGGGCGGAGUGAGGCAAUGUCAAACAGGGACUUAAACCUGUAUUUGUCAUACUCAUUUUCUUUUUUGAUAUCUGUUUUCAUGCUUUCUGCCAUGCAUAGGGACACAGUCCAAACAGCAUUCCUUUCCUGUUCUGUGCAUUGAUUUUAAGAGAUACACUGUUGUAUGUUUUUUUUUUCUUCUCUGUGUCAAAGCACAUUUAAUCACAAGGUCAGACCACCAAAUUUAGUGGCAAAAUUAAUCAGACUUUUUCCACUGCAAAAAUUUAUAGCAUAAGCUAACAACCAAGCAAAAAAAUACAGUAUAUGCCCCUGAUAUAUUUGAUUUGUUUGUUUAUGCUUCAGUGCUGUGCCAUCUUAAAGGUUGUAAUCUUGUUUUGGAUUCUUUAGGAGAAGCUUUAAGAUGGUCCUGCACAAGAAACACAGGGUUAUAAUUGCACUAGGUAAUAAUAAUAAUAAUGACGUUUACAGUAUCUAGUUUUUUUUCUUUUGGAAGAAAUGUGAUCCAUGAUAAAACAAGGCUGUGAUGGAAUGGCUGAUGUGAAGAAUGAAUGUAAACCGUAGCACUACUUUGCCGAAGGGUCCAAGCCUUGAUUGAAUAUGGUCAAAUAUGGUCAAGACUCGCUUUUUUCUCAAUUGUAAACUCAUACUCAUGCUUAAAAAUGGGCCGCAAUAUAGCAUUAAGUUGACUGUGAGACUGGAUGAUGUUCAAACCUAAAGCUUUAGUGAUUUAGUGAUUUUUAAACUGGUCUUCCAAAUUUGUAAACACCAGGGAGUAUUUUGAAAACUGAGUGAGGUUCAAGUACAGGCUUUUAUAACUCAUUGUUUAUUCUAUUUUUAUCCCAACGAGCUCCUCAUUUUUUAGAUAUUUUGAUAGUUAUGUGUGUCUCUAAUGUUGAAAUGACAUAUAUGUGUUCACAAAACAAAGAGAUCAUGACAUUUUCUGUAUAGACUUCAAGAUUUCGCAAAUUCUUUCUUUAUCUCACUUUUAAUUUAUUAAGAUUCAGUUCCUAAAGUUGCUCUUGUAAGAAAAAUAAAGAUAUUCCGUUGUUUAUUGGAACCACUUUAUGCAAGGAUCGCCUGCACUUCUGAUUUUGUCUUCCACAACUGUAUAUAAUUAAAGUAAACUAAAUUCACAGUUAUUACUUUAGAUCACAAAAUAAGUUUAAUCAGCCUGCCCCCCAAAAAUUGAAACCUGUGUACUCCAGUGUUAAACUGUGCAGUAAGUAUAUGUUUAUUCUACAGUAUUUUUCUCUUUGUAUUUUCAUGCACAAUAAAUCUAUGCUUUUA